AUGGCAUCUCUGAAUCUCUCGUCGAACGGUCCGUCAAUUACCAAGAGUUAUCGGUCUGUAAUCGAUUGUUCGCUACCUACCGACAGCGCUACAUAUGGACAAUGGGCAGUAUUUUCCGUCUCAACGCCUUUGGUCAAUGCUUUCCAGAGGAAUUCAGAUACCAAGGAGAGUGUCUUGAAGGUCCAGAAUACCGGGGCUGGUGAGCUUGAGGAUCUCAUUGACGAGUUUUCGGAAGGAAAGAUUCAGUUCGCUUUCGUCAAAGUCACUGAUCCAAACAGUGGUCUCCCGAAGAAUGUCCUCAUCGGAUGGUGUGGAGAGGGCGUCCCAGAACGAACGAAAGGAUACUUUACAAGCCACCUGUCUGCUGUCACAAAGUUCUUAUCCAACUACCAUGUCCAGAUCACUGCACGCUCCGAGGGGGAUUUGACACCCGAGGGAAUAAUACAGAAGGUCGGAGAUGCCUCUGGUGCGAAAUACACACCAGAACGAGCUUCGCCAGUCACUGCUGUGCCCAAAACGCUUCCGGUUGCAAGCAAACCAGCAUUCACCCCCACCAGAACUGGUGCAUUAGACUCGAAGACUGUGUCAAAUGUUUCCACUAGGGUGGUUCCAAGAAUGAGCGGCGAUGAUAAUGGAUGGGGUCCAGAUGCGCCCCCGGUUACCAGGACAGAACUUGAAAAAGUUCAGUCCGCGUACAAGCCAACUAAGGUUGACAUUGAGGCAAUCAAGUCUCAGAACCUGCCCAGAAUAUCCCAUUAUCAUGAGCUUCCCGUUCCAGAGAACAAUGAUGUUGUUAAGGGUGGCUACCAGCCGAUAGGCAAAGUGGAUAUCGCUGCAAUCAGGAAACAAGCGCGGGAAGCAGGAGAACUGAAAGAAGACCGACCCGAGCCUGUGAGAGGCGCAUAUGAGCCGGUUGGCAAGGUCGAUAUUGCUGCUAUCCGUUCUAAGGUGCAGAAGCAGCCUGAAUCAUCUGUUGACCAGUCCGUCUCAAGUAACCCUGUUGAAUCGCGUAAUGAAAGGGUUAAAUCUUCGGAUUCUCCAAAACUAGCCGAUCAGCCUGAGCGUUUGACGACUUUACCCAAGCCGAAGGUUGCGAACAAAAUCGGUCUAAGCUCAACUUUCGCGGGCACAAAGGCACCUUUGCCCGGUGGCUUCGUUUCAGGCCCGGUCCCUCCUGCCACCCAGGUUGGCAUUGCAAGCAGAACGUUUGCAGACGAAGGAGGAAAGACUCCUGCGCAGCAGUGGGCUGAAAGAAAAGCCCGAGAACGAGGGCAAGGCCCUGCCCCUAGCCCAUCAGCAGCAAGCGGUGGUCAGGGCGGCAGCAAGGGAGAAUGGAAAAGUUCGUACAAUGGCAAGACAUGGGCUCCCGUUCAGACAACGCCUACAGGCAGCUCUGUGGAUCGCGGUGUCUCCCAGCAAGGGCAGGAAUUGACGACUGGGCCGGAAACGUCACUGCCUGGCCAGCUAGACUUUACCAGCCGGGAUCAGAAAUUACGUGGUCCAGGCACGAGUCCCACUCCCGAUGAAGAACCAGUCGGCGUACCUGGUUCCGAAGGUGAAUUACCUGCACCGCAUACUUCACAGGGGAUGAGACCGGAAGAACCAUUGGACGUCGAAGCUCACCAGCCUAUACCUAUCCCUCCUCAACAGCCUCGUUCCCCUACUCCUCCAACGCCGCCCCCCGUACGUGAAUCUUCUCCAAUUCGCGUUGCCGUGCCGGUUGGACGGGGAGAAGUUGCAGACGCUCACGAUGAACAAUACUCGCCUCCUCCUGUCAUGCCGACACAAAGCCUCCGACAGGCAGUACCUGAUGAUGAAGGGCUCGAGGAUACUAUUAUUGAUAUUGGUAGGGAAACGUCAAAAGCUACAGUCGUUGAUCGUCCUCAAGACGAGGCGCUCCAGGCCAUUGUGCAGUAUGAUUAUGAGAAGGCAGAGGACAAUGAAAUAGACUUGAAGGAGGGAGAGUAUGUGUCUGGCAUAGAGAUGGUUGAUAAGGAUUGGUGGCUUGGUUCUAAUGCGCGCGGCGAGCGGGGUCUCUUCCCCAGCAACUAUGUUGAGCUCGUCAAAGACAACCAGCUAGAGCACCUCGCUCCAGUUGCCGGAGCUGAAGAACCCAAGGAAACUCCUCCAACCGUUCCUGCCCACAGCUCAGGGGGAAGGCAGGAUAUCGCACAGCCAACUGCAAUGGCACUGUAUGACUACGAGGCUGCGGAGGACAAUGAGCUCAGCUUCCCGGAGGGUGCUCAAAUAGUCAACAUCGAGUUCCCCGAUGAUGAUUGGUGGUUCGGUGAGUACAAGGGUCAGAAGGGGCUCUUCCCUGCCAACUAUGUACAACUCCAGGAGUAG